AUGAAGAUCGCCAUCAGGACGAUAGAGAGAUACGUCGACAGGUUAAUGGAUCAGGCCGACAAAAGCAGCAAAGCAAACGAAGCCACCUACCUAAAGAGUUCGUUUCAAGCGUUCACGGCCAAGCUGGUAGCAUCAUCCGUGCUACUCAACGAGCAUAUACCAUAUAGGCCUCUACCCAAACACCGCAGCAUCGUCAAUACUGCCAUCGACGUACCCAUCAUACCUAGCGAAGGGACCGCUCGUGCACACGACUUGCUUCCACCAGUGAAACCGCAAAAGCAGCACCUGGGGGCCCAAGACACCCCUACCAGUCAACCACCGAAACCGGCUGCUCGCAUCCACACGCGAUGGGCAAAAGAGGAAGAGGAGCUGCUCAUCCGACUGAGAGAGGGAGACGACGAAACCAUUGAGGAAAACCGGUUCGAGGCCUUUCGUCACCACUUCCUUGGUCGCUCAUCCGCGGCGAUGAAACGCGAAUAUUACGACCUACGACCGAAACAGCAGGACAGGCAUUGGAAAAAGUUGAAAGCAACCCACGCCUCUGAUGACGAUAGCGUGCACCACGAACACAUCUCAGAAACCAACUCAAACCCCGAUAGCGAGAACAACGCCAAUACUACUACCGCACUCACGCCUCUCCCGCCACUCCCCGCAAAAGCUGCAGGACAUGUACCAUGUCCUAACCAAAACCGGAGUUGCAACUGA